CGUCUCUUCACAAACGUCUACGUGAAGAACCUGUCGGAAGAGUACGACUCGGACGAGAAGUUGCGCGCGCUUUUCGAGCCCUACGGAGAGAUCUCUUCGGCGAAAGUGGUUCCCGACGACAGCGGGAAGAGUAAGGGCUUCGGAUUCGUGUCUUUCGAAGAGCCGGAAAUGGCGGAGAAGGCGUGCGACGACCUCAACGGCAAAGAGCUGUCGAACGGGAAGACUUUGUUUGUGGGCAGAGCACAGAAGAAGGCCGAGCGUCAGGCGGAGUUGCGCCGGAAGUUCGAGCAGUUGAAGAUCGAACGUCUGAACCGCUAUCAAGGCGUCAAUCUGUACGUCAAGAACCUCGACGACCAGAUCGACGACGAGCGCCUGCGCAAAGAGUUCGCGCCCUUCGGAACCAUAACGUCGGCGAAAGUGAUGACGGAUUCCACGCUUCGGUCGAAAGGCUUUGGUUUCGUGUGUUUCUCGACUCCCGAAGAGGCGACGAAAGCCGUCACCGAAAUGAAUAACCGCAUCGUCGUCACGAAGCCCCUGUAUGUGGCGCUCGCGCAACGCAAGGACGAGCGCCGAAUGCAUCUCCUGUCGCAACACGUGCAGCGCUCGGGCGGUGGAAUGCGCGUCCAGACACUGCCGGCGCCGGCGGCUCCGGGAGCCCAUCACCACCACCCGCACCACCACCACACGCCGCAAAUGAACCCAGCGGCGUUCCUCGCGAACGCACAGGGCGCGCUUCUCACUGGACUUCAGGCUCAACAACAACAGGGCGCUCACGCGGGCGGCCCUCAGCCAGGAUACUUCAUCCCAACAAUGCCUCACGCGCACCAAAUGCAGCCGCGCCCCUACUACCAGGGGCCGCAAGGAGGCGCCCCCCAGGGCCAGGCGGGCGGACAGCCGGGAAUGCGUCCGCGUUGGAGUCAACAGCAGGCGGGAGGCGUUCGCGCCGGAGGUCAGCCUGGAGGAGCUUAUGGCGGAUAUCGCGCGCAGAACCUGGGUCGCGGGGGCGGGGCCCUCGCCCAGGGUGAGCGCCAGGCGCAGGAGUUGUCGGCGCGCGGCCGCCAGGCGUUGUUAUGGUUGGCUUUGUCGGCAUCGUUUUUGUCGGCGUUCACAAGGUUGUCAGCCGAAGGCUUCCGGACUGUCAGCGGCCUGUUGUCGGCGACUGCCGGCGAGCGUCUCUUUCCGGUCAUCCAUUCGAUGCAUCAGGAGAUGGCGGGAAAGAUCACAGGAAUGCUUCUAGAGAUCGACAACUCGGAACUGCUCCAUAUGUUGGAACACAACGCCUCUCUGAAGGCCAAAGUGGACGAAGCGGUGGCCGUCCUUCAGGCGCAUCACGCGAAGGAAAUCGCGGCGCAGAUCAAGAAGGAGUUUAAAAACGCAAUGAAAGCCCGAAAACGCUUUCUUUUGCUUUUCGUCGCCUUUCUGGCGUUCAUUCACUUCGGCGUCAAUCGCAUGCGACGGACGGACGACACCACAGACGACGCCACGAACGACACACUCCUCGCACACGACAACCAUUACUACGACUUCGACCGCACUUUCGGCCGAAAAGCCGCCGAAUCGGCGCCCAAUCGGAGGACCGGAAGCGAGUGUCGGAUGAGUUCGUGCUUCGACUUCACGCGUUGUCGCGAUUCGCCGCAAAACGGCCUCAAAAUCCAUUUAUACCCCGAUUUCGGCCACAAAUUGAGUCCGAGUUUCGCCAAAAUCGUCGAAAUCAUCAAAACCUCGAAAUACUUCGAAAGCGAUCCAAACAAAGCGUGUCUCUUCGUGACCACCGUCUGGGACACUGUCGACAGGGAUCCGCUCUCUCAGGACUUCCAGAAACCCUCGCCGGCGAUGACGUCAUUCACGCCGCUCUUCGGCGGCCGCAAUCACCUCCUCUUCAACCUGUACUCGGGUUCGUGGCCGCAAUACCGUGAACUCGACUUCUCUUUCGGCCACAAUUACGGCCCAAUCGCCGCUCUCCUCGAAAACGCGAUUCUCGUAAAGGCCUCGCAAUCGCGCCAAUCAUAUCGUCCCGAUUUCGACGUCUCGCUCCCAUUGUUUGCGCGCAACCAUCCGACCCGAGGCCCCGCCUUCUCGCCCAACACUCGCCUGCCAUUGGACUCCAACACCCGAACCACGGCCGCGAAGAGCGCCGACCGCCGGAAGCGCGAGAAAUACCUUUUGGUGUUCAAAGGGAAGCGCUAUACGUAUGGCAUCGGCUCCGAGACGCGAAACGCGCUCCACUUCCUGCACAACGGCAAUGACGUCAUUAUCCUCACGACGUGUCGUCACGGGAAGAAGUGGCGCGACCUCAAGGACGACAAGUGCGAGACGGACGACGCGCUGUACGACAGUCACGACUACCAGCAGCUGAUGGCUAACGCGACGUUCUGUUUGGUUCCGCGCGGACGCCGUCUCGGGUCCUACCGCUUCCUCGAGGCGCUCCAAUUCGGGUGCAUUCCCGUCGUGUUGGCCAACCAAUGGCUGCUCCCGUUCCACGAACUCAUCGAUUGGACGCAAUGCGCAGUCGUCGCCGACGAACGCCUUUUACUCCAAACAACGGAAACCUUGCGUCAAAUCCCGCGCCAAAAGAUCGCCGAAAUGCGCGCCAAAUGUCUCGCUCUCUACGAGACGUACUUCUCUUCCGUCGAACGCAUAGUUCUGACGUCACUUCUGGUCAUUGAACAGCGCCUGAGACCGCAUCUCGCGCUCCAACACUUCGUCUGGAACCUCCGCGCGCCCCCAUCGGCCGCCGUCGUCACCCAAUCACAGCUCGGCGUUCGCGACCCGCGACUCAACGCUCUUCUGAUGGCCGAAGAGGUCAAUGACCGCGCCUUCACUGCCGUAGUCCACGUGACCACAGCCUCUGACGUCACUCCCAAUCUCCAGCGUCUCAUUGGUCGCGCGCUUCGGGGCUCGCGAUUCGCGGCGGAAGCGGUCGUCGUUUGGCCGCAAAGUCUCGCACUUCCGGCGCAUCUCGUGGAGACGCCAUUUGUGCGCGUUGUGCGCUCCAACGCGUCCGCACGCUUCCGAUUGGUCGACUCGACGACCUUGAAGACCGAUUGCGUCCUUCAAUUGUCGCCGCAUUCUCUGCUCUCCGCCAAAGAGUUCGACUUCGGCUUCUCCGUGUGGACGGCUUUCCCGCGCCGAGUCGUCGGCUUCUCGUCGCGCGACCACUUCUUCGACGACCAGAAGCGCCAAUUCGAGUACUCCUCCAAAUGGACCAAUCAGUACUCUCUCGUUCUCUCCGACUCCGCCUUUCACCACAAAGCUUUCAACGAUCUCUUCUCGAGCUUCUACUCGACACUCGAUCCCCAACUCGCGCUCGAUUCGGACUCCGAGUGCGCGGACUUUGCUUUCUGUGAGUCGAGAAACCAAACGAAACAAAACUCUCAAAAAGUCUUUUCUUUCGCAGCAUUUCUGGUCAGUCACGUGACGCGCGAAGGAGCGCUGAAAGUGACGCAACGGAAGCGCACGACAAACACGACGUCUUCGUGGCUGCAGUGGUCUCAGCGGAAGCUCUGUUUCGAACGCCUUCAACACGUCUUCGGAUAUCUGCCACUCAUUCAGUCACGCGUUCGCUUCGAUCCGCUCCUCUUUCGGGACGCGGUUUCCGUUAAGCGCAAGAAAUACCGAAAACUCGAAACCGUUUUUGUCAGACAUUUGUUGAGUUUCGCGACUCAGAGACCACUGAAGAGCUCUUCCGCGAUGGCGUCCGCUUCCGGUCCAUACAACUACUCCUAUAUCUUCAAGUACAUCAUCAUCGGCGACAUGGGAGUCGGCAAGAGUUGUCUUCUGCAUCAGUUCACCGAAAAGAAGUUUAUGGCCGACUGUCCGCACACGAUUGGCGUCGAGUUCGGUACGCGUAUUAUUGAGGUCUGCGGACAAAAGAUCAAACUCCAGAUCUGGGACACCGCCGGACAGGAACGCUUCCGCGCCGUCACCCGCAGCUACUACCGCGGCGCUGCCGGCGCGCUCAUGGUCUACGACAUGACUCGGCGCUCCACUUACAACCACUUGUCGUCGUGGCUGACGGACGCGCGAAACCUGACGAACCCAAACACAGUCAUCUUCCUGAUCGGCAAUAAGUGCGAUCUCGACGGUCAGCGUGACGUCACGUACGACGAGGCGAAGGCGUUCGCUGACGAGAACGGACUCACGUUUCUCGAGACAUCCGCCAAGACGGGCGACGGCGUGGAGGAGGCGUUCCUCGAGACCGCGAAACGCAUCUUUCAGAACAUCCAGGACGGCUCUCUCGACCUCAACGCCGCCGAAUCCGGAGUUCAACACAAACCCAAUCCCGUGCUCUCCGGCCAGCAGUUGGGCGGCGGCGGGGGUGGCGGGCGCGGAGAGGGGGGGCGCGACUCGUGUCAGUGUUGA